AAAACAGAAAAAAAAAAAAAGAAGACAAUGUGAAUCCUUCCAUAUCAAUCUUUUGGUCACUUUUCUCUCAAACUUUCACUGAUUCAUUGUUCCUCUACAAUUGUGGGUCCUCAGGCCUUAUUGUGUAGACCUCACACUGCCCUAUCUUGGACUGGCUGUCACCUUUUUGGUUUUCUUAAAAUCACACCCAUCAUUCAUCAACAAAUGGAAUUGCAUUGCCCAAGGUCAUGAUGUGGCUAUAUAGAUGUGAUCUGAAAGGUAGGCUUGUUACUGUUGUUCACUCUAUUAUGAAAUGAGGAUUUGGGUGCUAAUGGCUGAUUACUCUUGAUGGUUCUCAUGUUGAGACUUGGCUCCCUGGCUCGAAUAGCUAUUUUAUCCUUUCUCUGUUACUUUUCCCGCAAGGACCCAACACAUCGCUUUGCCUCCUUCCAUGCAUGCCUUCUCCUUUCCCCUUUUUGGAUUCAUAAAGCUUUUGACGGCAUUGAUUGCUUUCUGCGUUUGAAGAUUUUCAGGGUUUCCAGCCCUGGAACCCAGUAAAAUGUACUCUGGGAUACAUUCACUUGACGGUGGCGUUGGACAUGAAAGUUUACAGGGAUCUCUUGAAGGCACUAAUCUUCCUGGUGAUGCUUGUUUAGUUCUCACUUCCGAUCCGAAGCCUCGGUUACGAUGGACUGCUGAUCUCCAUGAGAGAUUCGUUGAUGCUGUUACUCAGUUGGGUGGACCUGAGAAAGCAACACCAAAGACGAUUAUGAGAACAAUGGGAGUAAAAGGCCUUACCCUUUAUCAUUUGAAGUCUCAUCUACAGAAAUAUCGGUUGGGGAAGCAAUCAGGCAAGGAAUUCACCGACAACUCCAAGGAUGCUUCAUGUGCAGCAGAAAGUCAGGUUACCGGUUCAUCAUCGUCAUCAUCCUCAUCAAGACUGAUGACCCAAGACUUAAAUGAUGGUUACCAGAUUACUGAGGCACUACGAGUCCAAAUGGAAGUCCAAAGAAGACUGCAUGAACAGCUAGAGGUUCAAGCUGUUCAGCGUCAUCUCCAGCUUCGGGUUGAAGCCCAAGGCAAGUACUUGCAAUCCAUACUUGAGAAAGCCUGCAAAGCUCUCAAUGAUCUGACUCUGGCAUCAACUGGGGUUGAAACAAUUAGACAAGAACUCUCUGAACUGGCAGUCAAGGUCUCCAAUGAUUGUCUAGGCAUGGUCCCACUUGACACACUCAAAAUGCCUUCUCUGUACGAGAUUGCAGCGGCUUUGGAAGAGAAAUCUGCUUCAAAUGGGCCAGGCAAGAUUGGGGAUUGCUCUGUUGAAAGCUGCCUGACAUCAACUGGGAGCCCAGUAUCUCCAAUGGCUAUUGCCAUGAAGAAAAGAACUCGUCCUAUCUUAGCCACAGGGGAUUCAUUGCCCUGGGAGAGUGAUUUGCGGCAAGAUGUCGAGUGGAUGGUGACAAGUAUUUGAUGAAAGACUGGCCGAGCUCCAGCCGGAAAAUUCCUUUUCUGUGGUAAUUAAGCUGACCUAUCAUUUUGUAAUCGCAAGUGUAACACCGGUGAUCUGUAAAUCCUCUAAUCAGAUCCUAGUACUCAAGGGAUUUAGUUGAAGUUGAAGAGGGGUCCUUUUAUGCCUAGAAGUAGGUCAAGAAAUUAUCUGAUCAUUGUGAUCAUCAUGUUUAGCUCAUUCAAGAUAAUGUAGCCGUUUAAAUGUAUCAGCAAUGUGUAUCCAGUCAGUAGAGGGAUGUGAACCUAGUAAAUUUGAAAUUGAAACUAAUCUGUUGAACUUGUUGGUCUAA